AUGUCGAAUUCGGCCAUCCGAACUGUGGAUCGAGCGGCCAGGGCGGGACUCACUUCGAAGAGGCUGCCCGAGGAUGUUAGAAAGAGCCUCGUUGUCAUUCGCGAGAGGCUGAGGGUGGCUGAGCCUGUGACCAUCGCUACCAAAAACCAUCACUCUUGGCUUAUCUUCACAGAUGGAGCCUGCGAAGGCGAGAAGAAGCUAGGAUCCAUUGGAGGAGUGAUCGUGGGCUUGAGUGGCCAUCCGAUAUCCUUCUUCAGUGAGCAAGUCCCACAGGAUAUCAUGAAGAUCUUGUUGAGCAACUCGCAAAAUCCCAUUUUCGAACUUGAACUUCUGCCGGUCCUAGUUGCUUAUAGGCUCUGGGGCCAGUGGUGCAGAUUUUCUCAAGCCGUUUUUUACUUGGAUAAUGAAGGUGCUCGCCAUUCGAUAAUAGCCGCGGGAGGAGGCGCCGAUCUCGCUCGUGUGAUUAUCGAUGGCAUCCUCUCGAAGGAAACUUCCCUUCAAAUCCACUCAUGGUACGCCCGUGUACCUACGCAUAGCAACAUUGCAGACUCCCCGAGCAGAGGUGAGUACGAAGGUCUCUUGAACAUUGGUAAAGAUAAAGGUGGAAAGGGCGGAAAGCCCAAUGCCGGGAAAUCCAAUCCUGGUGGCGGUGGCGGCAAGUCACAGCAUGCAAACCAGCCGAAGGGCAAAGGAAAGGGUGGCAAAGCACAGAAGGAGACGCGAAAGUGCCAUCACUGUCAGAAGGUUGGGCAUCUGGCCAAGGACUGUUGGCUGCUGCAUGGCAAAGGCAAAGGCAAAGGUGUGCAUCAGGUUGCAGAGGUUAACCCUUCAAGUGCAGCGAGCGAGGCACCCACCGUCACGACAGCAGGUGGUUCAGCCAGCACAACCGGAGCUGUGCGGCGACUUCAGGUGUUUGACUUGAGUGCGCCCGCUGACUGGUUCAUUGGGCAUGUUCGCGUUGUCACGUGUGCAAUGCAGUCAGCUUGGAAUCCCAAGGCAGUUCAGAGCCCAGCAGGUCCCAGUGGCCAGGUCGCGACCGAUCAGGCGUGCAGCACCAACAUUUUGCCAUCAGAUUUUCUUGAGAUUGUCAGAUUGCUUGAGCGUUCGUGUUCGAACAGUGCACAGCCCGUUUCUUCGUUUGAGAGUUGCAAUGCAGUCAGCUCGGAAUCCCGAGGCAGUUCAGUCCCAGCAGGUCCAUUUUAUUUUGAUGAUCAGAGCACAGUGCCACAGGUGUCCCAGGCUGCGCCAGCGGCAGAUCAGAGCACAGUGCCACAGGUGUCCCAAUUUGACCUGUCCGUCGAUGAUGAUGUUGGAUCGUGGGAGCACGGAGUUUCGGUGCAUGAGCUCAGCACUCUCAAGCGCUUAGAGCCCAACAAAGGUUUUGUGUAUGCUGUGCAGACAAUCCAGGAAUUGCCUUCGGAUGAAGAUGCCCUCGAUGUGAUUUUGGACUCAGGUGCCGAUAUGAGUUGUUUGCCUCUUGAGUACGCGCAGCACGGUUUCGACCACGGUCCUCACAACUUGCAACUGCGCGAUGCACAAGGAGAGCCAUUAGCAAUCAAUGCCCUUCGUGAAGUUGAGUUUGUCGUUGAAAGCAGCACAGGGGAACAUGUGGUGUGGCGAGAAGUUUGUGCAAUCGCCCCAGUAACACAACCACUCUUGUGCAAAGGCAAGCUCAUGAAGGCCGGAUGGUGGCCCGUCAGACAGCCAGAGAUGGCUCUUGAGCAUGACAGCGGUGUGAGGGUUCCGAUUGCUUUCAAAGGAAAUUCCUUGUGCGUUCGGGCAAGCAUUUUCAGGAUUGGCCAAGAAUCCUUGAGUCCAGCAGGGCAUGUGAUGUUUGUCCAAGCAACAGUUUGCAAUGAAAUGGCCGAUGCGAAUUUUGGCUGGCAAAUGUCAGGCACGGGAAAUCUGUAUUUUCGUGGCAGGAGCACUCACUACAUUGAUCCGUCCAUCAUUGCACCAGUGGGAUGGCCCUGCAGAACCACCUUGGUCAAGCCGUGCACACCGGACCAUGAUGCCUGGAUUUUGCUUGAGCACUGUGUGCACUGGGGUGAGUUGCGCGAGCUUGCGGCCAUUUUACCGCGCGGAGAAUGUGAUGUAGUUUGCAUUUUGUCUUCAGCGCGCGAGGAGUUGUCCGAAUUUGGAGUCGAACCCCACAGGUCAGUGCAAGGGCACGUUGAUUGGUCUGGCCCGCAACCUGGAGACCCCGAUGCUGAUGAGCUCGCAGAUUACGAGCCCUCCGAGGCCGACAUGCAAGACACUUCUGCUCCACAACUUGUGGAGGCAAUGCCAGGUGUUCCACAGGUUAGCAACGAUGUGGAGGUGUUGCCAGAUGCCGAAGGUGUCACAGGCGAGGCGCCGGUGCCGGGAAGCAGCAAUGAUCUUCUUGUGUUUGAGGGCGUUGAGCUCUCGCUGCAGAGCACAUUGACAUUGAGUGUGAUUCGAACGGCAUGCAAGUCGGCGGGGAUUUCCGGUUCGGGGAGCAAGCAGCGUUGUCUUGAUCGUCUGAGGGCAUAUCUUGAUAAGCAGCAAUUGGCCCUGAGUGCCGAAGUUGCUCAGACAGUGGGAGAUGACAGCACUCGUGAGCCUAGGGGCCAGUCGGUCACCAAGGCGCCGACAGAAGCUGAGCGGCAGCUUCAUGAGCUGACCCAUUGGCCAUACCGGCCGUGGUGUGAUCACUGCAUAGCCAUGCGUGGCGUUGAAGACCGGCAUGAGUCACUGCCGGGGAGUGCCGACACUGAGGUUCCGAUCAUCAGCUUCGAUUAUGCCUUCACGAGUGUGUCAGGUGCCGAAGGCCAGGGCAAUGCAGCCAAGUUGACCAUUCUGGUUGCACAUGACACCAGCACUGGGAGUGUGCUAGGGCUUCCUGUUGCAAGCAAGGGGCGCGAGGAUCUGAAAUUCAGCGCGAUCGAACUGACAAGAUUUGUGCAGGGGUUAGGGCACAACAGCAUUUUCCUGUGUUGUGACAAUGAGCCCAGCACUCUUGCUCUCCAAAGUCUUGUGGUCAAUGUUCGGACCAAGCUUGGAUUCAAAACCAUGAUCCGUGAUGCGCCGGUGCACUCGCAUGCAUCAAAAGGCUAUGUUGAAAAGGCCAUAGACUUGGUGAGAGGUCUUUCCAAUGUCUUGCUUGAUCAGGUGAGAGUCAGGUACAACUUGAGUGCUGAAGCCAUCGGCGUGGAUCACCCUUUGAUGGCAUGGAGUUAUGUCCACGCAAGUUACAUCUUGAACAGGUUCGGAGUGAAAGGUGGAGCAACUGCAUUUGAACGUGCCACAGGCUAUCGCUUUGCAUCCAAGCUCGCCUGCUUCGGAGAACCGGACGCUGAUGAGAUGUUUGAACAGCAACAGAGUGGGCGCGAUGAUGCGCCAGGUGGCCCAAGUCAGGCUGCAGGUGCCAAAGGUGAUGAGGCACAGGCUUUCAGCAUGCCGAGUGUGGCGGGGAUGGCGGGGAUGCCUCCGCUUAGCAGUCAAGCACCGAACCCCGCACCGUCCUCUAGAGCCACUUUGCUUCUUGAUCGCCAUGACAGAGGGAACGUGAGUGUCCCAGGCAGUGUGCCAGUGAGCGUGAGACCUCCUCCUCCUGCGCAUGCUGCGGUGAAUGAGUCACCGAUGGAAAUCGCGGGGACCGAUCCGCCAACGUCCUCGGAAUCAUCCUCCUCUUCGUCUCCGCAGGCUUUGCCCAGCCAGCCAUUGUUCGAUGACAGUACCAUGCUUGCCGAAGUUGUGGAGACUGUUCGAGCAAGCUCCAGUGCAGGUCGCCAGGCUGAGGCAGAGCCAGAUGAAUCCCAUGCAGCAAAGUUUCAGCGGGUUGCCCGUGUAGGACGUGAGGACUUCCCAAUCAAUGAUGAAGUUUUGGAGUCCGCUGCAGAAUGGGAGGAUGCAGCACAGUACGUGCAGCUUGGCGAAGAGGCCGAUGCAGAGCUUGAUCCAAGCCUUACCGCUGAAGAGGCAAAGCUUCUGGAAGAUGAAGAUCUUCUAUGGUUCGAGGAGAUCCCGAGCCUCAGUGACGAAGAGUUGUCAGCCUUGGAUCAUGUGGCAGACAGCUUUGAAGUGAAACGGCUCCUGGGAAAGCAAGUCCUGGAGGAAGUCGGUGACAGCUUUGACCUCAGCGGUUACAAGGAGCUCUCCACGAAGUUCGUAAGGACGUGGAGACAAAAGAAGAGGCAAGGGCGCAUGAUGUUCUUUCGUAGAUCUCGCUUGGUGGCAAGAGAAUAUAAGUGGAUGGAGCGCGACCGGGAAGGUUUGUAUGCCCCGGUGACAUCGUCGCUCACCACGAAACUUCUUCCAUGGCUCUUUUGCGAGAUGAACAGGCGUCAGGAAGGUGCAGGCACAGACGAUGAUCCCAUAGGCGUCGUAGCCCUAGACAUAAAAGAUGCCUUUCUUUGUGUCCCACAAGAGCGUCCCAUGCUGGCUAAGAUUCCGGGUUUCCCUAAAAGGAUGCGAUUCCUCAAGAUGCUGCCAGGGCAGCGGGACGGAACGGCCAGGUGGCAUUCGUUCAUCAUGGACUACAUUCGUGAGCGACAUCCACUGUCUGUGUGUGCGGAGUGCCCUUCCUUGUACAAGCUGAAGGAUGCGAAAGAUCGCUCCAAUCCGGGUGUGAUCCACGUUGAUGACCUCUGCCUUGUUGGGUAUGUGAAGUGGAUCCUGCAGCAACUUGUUCCCAGUCUUGAAAGCACUUUCGAGCUAUCGUAUGAGGUUGCAUGCAAGCCCGGGGAUUCCUUUAAGUUAAGUUUCUGA